AUGUCUGUAGAACGUGAUAUUCGUUAUGAGCUUAUAGCUAGACUUUGUCCAAACAGUACUGAAGCAGGAAUGUUUGCUAUUCGUUCCAGGAGAAAGGUUGCAUCAGAAAAGGAUUUCUUAGAAUCUGUUAAUAAAGUUAUUAAGUCUUAUGCAAAAUUCUCUUCUACACCAAGUUCAUUGUCAAAUUCAUUCACUAUUUCUGACAAAAAUCUUGUAAUAAUACUUGAAAAAAAAGAUAAAGAAUUAGAAUGGCAAUCUUUGAUUUUCAAAUAUAAAGAUGAAGAUGAAGACGAUGUUCAAUUAUCAAUAAAAGAGAACAAAGAAGUAAUGGUAGAAAGAUGGUUUUUAACAAGAAAUAAUGUUCAAAGGUGUUCACAAAUUUUAGAAAAUGAAUCAAAAUGGAUUACUUCUUUACAAGCUAAACAUGAUAAAAAUGUGAUAACUGUUAAUCUGAAAACAAAUCAUUCUAUAUCAAAAAAUACGGAAUAA